CUUGACACGUCAGUCGGAUCGAUCCAUCUCCAUUUCCGGACUCUAGGGUUUUCUUCUCCACGGCAAUUAUGGCAGCAGGUCCAUCCGACUCCGAUUGGGCGCCCGUCGGGGGAGAACGUAACGAACCGGCUACUCUGGACGAGCUCUACAACAUCAACGUGGUUCCGUCCGAGCUCUUUUUCAAGUUCCGUAAGCAAAUUGAGAGCUUCCGCGUCGGUCUCAACCUCGAGUUUUUCAACUUUCCUACCAAUGAAUAUCAGGCAAAGCUAGUUUUAAAACCUACAACAUCAGAUAGGAGGUGGAAGUUCAUUUAUGAGCCCCUGCAUGGAGAUAUUCGUCUUCUCUCAAAGAAGAUACCUCUUACUAAAUUUUUGACUCUCCAGGUAGGAAUUGGUCAUAGUUUCCACUUGAAUGCAACUGGGUGGAAAUGGAAGCUAUCUACAUGCUUGGGUGGAGAUGGCAUUUCCCAGAUCCGGAACAAGACAUCGAUUGGUGUUUGCCCAGGAGUCGAUUUGAGGAUUGGUUGGAGGGCAGAAUAUGUACUUCCUGAGAUUCAUGGGGCGGUUGGCACUGGGGAACCAAUGUUCAAUAUGAAUUAUGGUCGCUUGAAUGCAUCAAUCGAUAGAUUCGAGGCAAUAAUCACUCAUUGAAGUCAUCUUUCCUUCUAUAUUCUCUGAUUUAGUUAAAACGCUAAAAGAAGAAAAACAAAAAACAUUUUUUAUGUAUGCUACAUGCUCUCUUCUUCUAGAGUAUAUGUUUGCAAUUCUUGUACAGUGUUCCUCAACGCUUAGAAAGUAAGAAAGUGUUGAAACGUGGAUUGCUCUCUUUGCUUGA